CAGCAUCAUCCCGUCGGUCCUUUUCAGCGCUGUCUGCCUGGACUUUUUUUUUGUUCCUCUUCUCUUUCUUUUUCUCUCUCUUGGGCACUCAUCUCAGCCGUGUGCUCCCUCGUCGCCUCUUGCUUUACCUUUCCUUCUUCCUCGUUGUGAUACCCCCGACUACAAUACCGCCAAGAUGCCUGAGAAGCUCUACGUCACCUACAACGAUGUAAGUGCCAAGUUCCAACCCCUCCUACCCCGCCACCCCGCCGUGAUGAUGGCUGCGGCGACGAUGAUGGUGGGCCACCUGCGCGAAAUGGACGCGAUACCUGGAUGGAGCGAGCAGGAUGAGCAGACGCACCGGAAGCAGCUCUGCGCAAGCCCCCUGUGCACGUACAAACGCAGCGUUGUUGCACCAUCAUGACGGGAAUCGUCCACAGGCUGUGCCAGCAGUCGGCUGGCAAGCUUCUCGCCGACUUCCAGCCCCAGCUCAUGAUCGCCAUCGGCGGCGGUGGUUACGUCCCUGCCCGAAUUCUGCGAUCCUUCCUUAAGCAGCCCGGCUCUCCCAACAUCCCCAUUCAGGCCAUCGGUCUCUCCCUCUACGAGUCGCUAGGCAAUGACGAGGUCGAGGAGCCCGGUACCAAGGUCACCCGCACCCAGUGGCUCGACUUGACUGCCCUGGGUGAGAUGGAGAACCUUGUCGGCAAGCGCAUUUUGAUCGUCGAUGAGGUCGAUGACACCCGAACCACACUGGAGUACGCCGUCAAGGAGCUUGAGAAGGACGUCGAGGCCGCCCGUCUGCGUAUGGGUGGCGAUGCCCCCAAGACCCAGUUCAGCAUCUUUGUCCUCCACAACAAGGACAAGCCGAAGAAGGGCACGCUCCCCCACGACAUGCUGUCCAACGGCUACCAGGCUGCUCAGACUGUGCAGGACGUUUGGAUCUGCUACCCCUGGGAGGCCAUCGACAUUGAAGAGCACGACAAGCUCGCCAGCCAGCAGACCCCCAACGGCAACUAGACAAACUAGUGUACGAAACUAGAAGCUCCCAGACCGGACUCACGGCUACGAUGAAUGAAUAUCUUGCAAGAAUUUAAAAUAAAUAUCGUCCUUGAUUCUCCUGCAAAUCUGAUAUU